GUCCGCAUUGUUCAACUCACACCAUGCUGCGCGCGUCGCUAUUUCGCCAUCCCGGGAAGGUCCUUGUCCGCGCACCACAUGCAUCUUCGUUGUCUUCGUACUCGUACUUUCGCAACCCUCCCAAGCAUGGUGGGUCCGUCGUGGGGAAAGGGAACAAGCAAUCCCUCCUGUACCAGCGCGACCAUGAAAAGGACAGUUGCGGCGUCGGCAUUUUGGCGCAGUUGCAGAAGAAACCAUCGCGUAAAGUCGUGCUCCAAGCGAAUGAAAUGCUGGUUCGCAUGAGUCAUCGCGGUGGAUGUGGAUGCGAUCCCGCUUCAGGGGACGGUGCCGGCAUGCUUGUGGGCAUGCCCCACAUAUUCAUCCAGCGGUUGGUCGACGAAGGAGCGUUUGGAGGAGCACACACUAGCGUGGCAUUGGUGCCUGAACAGUAUGCCGUGGGUAACGUCUUUUUUUCCAAGAACUCGGAACACAUUGAUGCGAGCAAGAAGGCGUUUGACACCAUCGCCAAGGACCUGAACUUGACGGUCCUGGGAUGGCGCCCCGUUCCGACAUCCAACCACGAGCUGGGGCAAACGUCGCUCGCGUCCGAGCCUCACAUCGAACAAGUGCUCGUGCUUCCCCCAUCUAACCUCUCCAACGACCAUUUUGAGAAGGAACUCAUGCGGCUGCGCAAAGUUGCUACGACUGCGAACAAGGAGAGCGAAAUGUACGUGUGCUCGUUGUCGAGCCAAACCCUCGUGUACAAAGGACAGCUUACCCCCGGCCAAGUCAUGCCGUACUACGCCGAUCUCCAGGCGCACGACUUCAGUUCGCAUUUGGCGCUCGUGCAUUCUCGCUUUAGCACCAACACGUUUCCAUCGUGGGACCGCGCGCAGCCCUAUCGCGUGCUGUGCCACAAUGGCGAAAUCAACACGUUGCGCGGCAACAAGAACUGGAUGUUUGCCCGCGGGUCCAAGGCCCACAGCGCGUACUUUGGCCACGCCACAUCGUCGCUCUUGCCUGUGUGUUCCGACGACAUGAGCGAUUCCGGCAACUUUGACGCGGCGCUGGAACUACUGACCAAAGCGAGUUCGUGCGACCGGUCUCUGCCUGAAGCCAUGAUGAUGAUGAUCCCCGAAGCUUGGCAGUCGAAUGCGACGAUGCCUGAAUCCAAGAACGCCAUGUACCAAUACAACGCGUGUAUGAUGGAGCCAUGGGACGGACCGGCGAUGGUCGCCUUCACGAACGGCAAGACGGUGGGCGCGUCGCUGGAUCGCAAUGGAUUGCGUCCGAGUCGGUACUACAUUACGACCGACGACCACGUGAUGCUGUCCAGCGAAGUGGGCGUGAUCGAAGGACUCGUGGAAGCGGACGUGGCAACCAAGCACCGAUUGGAGCCUGGGAAGAUGUUCUUUGUCGACUUUGACCAGGGCCGCGUCAUUUCCGACCAAGAAAUCAAAGCCACCGUGAGCGGCAGUCGGCCAUACGGCGACUGGGUGCAGCACAUGGUUCAUUUUCAAAACGUUCGUGGUACCAGUUUGAACGAUGCCAAACCAGCCAAGAACAACGGCGCGAUGAUGCCGACCGACAUGCCAAGACGGUUAAACUUGUACGGGUUUACGACGGAAACCAUGGAAAUGCUGUUGGUGCCCAUGGGUUUGGAGUACAAGGAAGCGCUCGGAUCGAUGGGAAACGACGCGCCACUGGCCGUCCUGUCGGAGCAGCCCAAAUUGCCCAACGAGUACUUCAAGCAGCUCUUUGCCCAAGUGACGAAUCCGCCAAUUGAUCCGAUCCGAGAAGACCUCGUGAUGAGUUUGAGAUGUCCCGUCGGACCUGAAGAGAACGUCUUGGAUGUGUCCGCCGACCACGCCAAGCGAUUAAUCGUGGACCACCCCGUGCUGUCGUUGGAAGACAUCCAGACGCUGAAAUACGGCAUGUCCGAUGCCAAGUGGACUGCCAAGACACUCGACGCGACGUUUCCGGCCCACAGUGGCCAAGCAGGGCUCAUUCAAGCUCUGGAUCGGCUCUGCGAACAGGCCACGACCGCGGCGGCGCAAGGCCAAGCCGUGCUUGUGUUUUCUGACCAGGCGGCCGGCCCCGAUCGGUUUCCCAUUCCGUCGUUGCUAGUGAUUGGCGCCGUGCACCAGCAUUUACUCCGUACGCAGCAGCGCACGUCCGUGGCGCUGUUUGCUGAAUGCGGGGAUGCCAAGGAAGUGCACGAUUUUGCCACGUUGCUCGGGUUUGGGGCCGACGGCGUGUGUCCGUACAUGGCGUACCAUGCGUUGGCCCACAUGAACAACGAAGGGCUGCUGGAAGCUAUCGCCAAGAAAUCGAUGGACACGAAGGAACUGUGGACGAAUUACCAGACGGCCGUGGGCAAAGGGCUGCUCAAGGUCAUGUCCAAGAUGGGCAUUUCGACGCUACAAUCGUACAAAGGAGCGCAAGUGUUUGAAGCGGUGGGACUCGGACCUGACGUAAUUGACCGGUGCUUUUAUGGCACAACCUCGCGCCUGCAAGGCAGCAACAUGGAGACGUUGUACGACGACAUUGCGAGAUUGCACGAGGCAGGGUUUCCCACACAUUCGCUGGAGACGCCGUUGGUGCGCAACCCAGGCCAGUACCACGCGCGAGAGAACGGCGAGUUCCACUUCAACACGCCCAGUGCGAUCGUGGCAUUGCAGACGGCCGCGCGGACGCAGUCUCGGGACGCAUACGAUCAGUACCGCGAUUUGACCAACGCCGCUUCCAAACGGGUGACGUUGCGAGGAUUGCUCGAGUUUCAAACCGUGCCGGAGGAGCGUCGACCAAAGUGGGAACAGAUGGAAUCGAUCCAAGACAUUGUCAAACGAUUCAACACUGGGGCCAUGUCGUUGGGGUCGAUUUCACGGGAAACUCACGAAGCGUUGGCGGUGGCCAUGAACCAGCUCGGCGGACGAUCCAACACGGGCGAAGGCGGUGAAGACCCUGAACGAUACAUUCCCCAACCGGACGGCACGCCCAACCCGAAGCGAUCGGCCAUCAAACAAGUGGCCAGUGGACGUUUUGGGGUGACCAUGCACUACCUGUCGAAUGCCGACCAGCUACAAAUCAAAAUGGCGCAAGGGGCCAAACCAGGAGAGGGCGGAGAACUACCAGGCCAUAAAGUGUCGCCGUACAUUGCAGCCCGUCGCCACACCACUCCAGGAGUCGGCUUGAUAUCUCCACCGCCCCAUCACGACAUUUACUCGAUCGAAGACUUGGCGCAGCUCAUCCACGACUUGAAAAACUCGAAUCCGAGUGCUGAAAUCAGCGUCAAACUCGUGUCAGAAGUGGGCGUGGGGGUCGUCGCCGCCGGCGUCGUCAAAGCCAAAGCCGAACACAUUACAAUUAGUGGCCACGACGGUGGCACGGGGGCUUCGUCCUGGACGGGGGUCAAACACAGCGGUUUGCCAUGGGAAUUGGGUCUUGCCGAAGCGCAGCAAACGCUCGUACUGAACAACUUGCGGUCACGCAUUAAGCUCCAAACGGAUGGCCAGCUCAAGACGGGGCGGGACGUUGUGAUUGCGGCGCUGCUGGGCGCGGAAGAGUUUGGGUUUGCCACCGCCCCCCUCAUCGCCCUCGGCUGUGUCAUGAUGCGCAAAUGUCACUUGAACACGUGCCCCGUGGGCAUUGCCACUCAAGAUGAAGAGCUGCGCAAGAAGUUUACGGGCAUGCCAGAACACGUGGUCAACUUUUUGUGGCUGUUGGCCCAAGAUAUUCAAGGCAUUGUGCGGUCGCUGGGGGCUACCUCUGUGGACGAAAUCAUUGGCCGUGCCGAUUUGCUACAAGUGGACGAGUCUAGUUUGCACCGAAAAACUCGGCUGUUGGAUCUGUCGCCUCUGUUGGUAAAUGCGAAAACGUUGAACCCCACGAGCAGCAUCCGAUACAACCCCCAGGACCAGCAAAACCACGAGUUGGACUUGGUCUUGGACCAAACGCUACUGGCGCACUGUGUGUCAGCCAUUGCCGAUGGCAGUCCGGUGCAAGUAGACUUGCCCAUUUCCAACGUGGAUCGCACGGUGGGGGCGCUCUUGUCGCACAAAAUCACCAAAGUACACGGCGAGCAUGGCCUGGCACCCCACACGAUCCAACUCAACUUGACGGGGCAUGCCGGCCAAUCGCUCGGGUUUGGGCUUGUGCGAGGCAUUCAGCUUAAAGUAACGGGCGACGCCAACGAUUACGUGGGCAAGGCCCUGAGCGGCGGCACGGUGAUCGUCACCCCCGAAAUCGAGCGCGGGAACGACCAAACAAUCGUCGGGAACGCCGUGCUUUAUGGCGCAACCAGCGGCCUCGCGUUCUUCCGGGGCAAGGCGGGCGAGCGGUUUGCAGUGCGCAACUCUGGCGUGCACGCCGUGGUCGAAGGCGUGGGGUACAUACACUUUGACACGACCUCUGUUGGUUUGUGUUGAUAUAGUUGUAGGGACCACGGGUGCGAGUACAUGACGGGCGGCCGCGUAGUCAUCUUGGGACCGACGGGGCGCAACUUUGGCGCGGGCAUGUCUGGCGGCAUUGCGUACGUGUACGAUCCGUCGUCCGAGUUUGGGGCCAAGUGUAAUUUGUCCAUGGGGAGCCUCGAAGUACUGGACUUUGAAGGCGACGAAGAACUCGUGGUCAAGGAUCUGAUCCAGCAACACAUUCAACACACAAAGUCCCCUUUGGGGGUGUCCAUCUUGGCAGACUGGGACCAUGCCAAGCACUCGUUUGUGAAACUCAUGCCCCACGAUUACAAACAAGUGAUUGCAGCAAACGUACACAUGAACACGACGGCGGAACCCGUGCAUGUCAACGCUGGCCACUAACUAGAAGAGGCAAUAACGUAGUAACGAAUGAGUACUACGUAGUACUACUAUCGAUAAUACCACUACCUAAUGUAAUCAAACUAUGUAAUAUGUACAGCAUCA